AACCUAAUCACGUUACUUAAAAAUGCUCUAUAUUAUAAAUAGCUACCACCAUAUUCCUAUUCAACCUCACUUUUCCAAUCAAACCUACGACAGAACAAUGGCUGCUAAGAUGCAAAUAAAAUCAUCGAGAGGUUCUAAUGACAAGGUUGCCGUAAUCGAGGAGUUGAAACCAUGGAAAAACACCUGGUUUGUUCAUGUCAAGGUUCUACACGCUUGGAGACAAACCAUUCAAUCAGUUGAUACCAUGGAAUUCGUUUUGGUUGAUGAGACUGGACGGAAAAUCCAUGCAACAUGCAAGAGGACUUACAUUGAGAGUAAGGGGAGGCUUCUUACGGUUGGUUGUUGGCGCUACAUCCGGAAUUUCCAGGUUUCUCCUGCUGGUGGAGCGUAUCGAACCACGAAUCAUGCCUGGAAGAUUGUUUUCAAUCAGAAUACGUCCAUUACCCGAUCUAAUCAUUCUAACGAUGAGUUGUACCUAGAUUUGGUCGACUUUCAGACGGUUUUGUCUGGAACACUUGAUGACAAUCUACUCAUUGAUGUUCUGGGUCAAAUUGUCGAUUGUGGUGAGGUUGAAACUAUCCAGUGUGCCGGGGGAAAGCAACGUAAAAAGCUAGAUUUGACUCUAAGCGACAUCAAUGAUUCCCAACUGCCUUGCUGCAUAUGGGGCAACUUAGCUGAGAAACUCCAUUCUGCAAUUAACCAAGAAGAUGGAACGGUUACUAUGCUGCUGAGGUUUGCUAAGGUUGGGAGGUUUAGAGGAGACUUGCAAAUCUCCAAUGCAUUUGAUUCAUCUCAAAUGCUGAUAAAUCCUCCAAUUCCUGAAGCUGAAGCAUUUAAAGCUUUGAUCAAUGGUGAUGAGAAAUCUCUAACAUCGUUUAUGAGUAAUGAAGACAGUCAUGAGGACAACAACAAACAAGUUUCGCUUUCAGGGAAGCGAGGAAAUCGUGAUAAGUGGUUACUCUUUCCCUCUAAGAGCAUCCAAGAAAUGAUAACAUCAACUCAAAUUGAUAGAUGCCUGGUGAGAUGCACAGUGUACGCCAUUGAUAUGGAUUGGUCGUGGUAUUAUUUUGGAUGUCAAGCUUGCAACAAAAAAGUGAUCAAAACAGGAACCCAAGUUAAGAAAGUGAAUGGCCAAGAGAUCGUCAGUCAUAGUUGGUGGUGUGAGACUUGCAAAGACACUGUCUUCGAAGUUUCACCGAGAUUCUGGCUGCACUUGAUGAUCAAUGAUGAUACAGGCGUAUCAAAGAUAAUGAUCUUAGAUAAGGUUGCUAAUGGGAUUGUUUCUGAAACUCCAGAAAAACUUUUGAAUGGAAGCUGGGAUGAGCUUGAAGAUCCUACAUUAGUUCCCGAAUGUAUUACUGAUUUGAUUGGGCAAGACUUCACCUUCGGAGUCUAUGUUGAGAAAGAAAAUGUUGCCUAUGGUUCUGAAAUUUAUAAGGUGGGGAAAAUCUACAAAGACAGAACGCCCUUUGAUUCUAAUGUAAUCACUACUGGUCAAGACAAUAAGCCUUUAUCAAUUACUUGUGUCGAUGAGGGCUCACAUGACAUAAGUGAAAGUCAAGAAACUGCCGAUGCUAUUUCUACACCAUCCAGUAAGAGAAAAGAAGAGGAGACUAACGAGCAGGGUGAUCUAUGUUCGACAUCAAAGAAGCCAUGCACAAGGCUUAUCAAGCUUGAGAAGGUCGAGCAGGCUAAGAAGAACGUUUGA